CUUCCCGGUUUGGUAGAAAAUUGCUCUCAAGGCAAAAAAUAAAAAUAAAAAUGUCUGGUUUUUGUGGCUCCAACGAUUCUGUGGAAUCGUCGCCGGUAGAGAAAGAUUCCGGCGAUUCUAUAAGAAUCCCUCUGGGUUAUCGAUUCUAUCCCACAGACGAAGAGCUCAUAAAUCACUUCUUAAGGAGAAAGAUUGAGGAUCCUAGCUUCUUCACAACAGACAUAGAAGUGGUAGAUUUGAACAGUUCGGAAUCCGGUGUUCAUGUGGGUGAGAGAAAACGAUUUUUCUUCUGCCGGAGAGAUAUGAUUAUGAAGUACGCCACGGGGCAGAUACAAGGAUUCUGGGAAUCCACCGGAGAAGACAGAGAGAUUUUCAAGGGGAAAGCCCUAAUUGGGAUGAAGGAAACUAUGAUUUUUUACAGAGGGAGAGCACCCAGCGCUGAAAGGACAAACUGGGUAAUGCAUGAAUACAGAUUGGAGGACGACAAUCUUCCUCAAAACGCUAAGAAUGAAUGGGUGAUCCGUGAAUUCUUUCUGGAAAAUAAAACAUAUAUUCCUCCUUACGUCCUACAAACUCUUGCCUGGGCCUCAAAAUCAAUUCUGGACCAUGAUGAAGGUGAAGUUGGGAAACAUAAUGUAAACUGCUGCUGCUGCUGCAGAAGAUCUAGUCUUAAAAGGAAGGACAACAAUAAUGAGUAUGUUGGAGGAGUGAUGAGGCAGCUCAAGCCAAAACUAACAACAAUGGAAGAGAAUAGCAUAGUGUUUAGAGUCAGAUUCAACAAUGAUACUGUGAGGCUCCAGCCUCGUUUUGCGACUAUGGAUUUCUUGAAGGCAGCAAUCCUAAAUAGAUUCAAGACGUUGGAAUCUGUCAAAUUUUAUAUCCAGUACAAAGAUGGAGAGGGAUAUAUGAUCACUUUAGCUAUUGAUGAGGAUUUGCAUUAUUGCUUGGAAUUUUUCAAGUCCACAGGAUCACCAGUCACAUUGUCUCUUGCUGAUGUUUUACUUGAACCUUAG